GUUGAUUCAUAACUUUUCCCGAUGUGAACCGAUUUUGCUCAUUUUCAAUUACAAACGAUCAAAUUACUUGUAAAAUGUAUAAAUAUAAUGAUGAUAAAAUGGAACUCGAUGAUGAAUAUGAUGAUGAAGGAAAUUACACUAGCACAGAUCAAGCUGAUGACGAUAUCGAUGAAGAGGAGGAGGGUGAGCGAGAUCUAACAAACCUUACUUGGCUUAUUGAAUUACGCAAUCAAACAAUGGAUUUUGUUCACAUGACAUUAGAGGAAGAAAUUAAGAAAGAUAACAAACUAGCUACAUCAUUUCAUAUAGAACAAAUGACAGUUCACCAAGGAUUAUAUCAUUGCCAUGAAUUUGAAAAUGAAUUGGAUAUUACGCCGUCAACAGAUAAAUUGGAACAAAAAUGUCAAAACUCUCAACAAAAUUCCAAUGAAACACGCGCAGUUAAAAUAUCAAAUCAACAAAAGCGACAAUCACCUGCGGAGAGAUACGAAAUGUUUUUAAAUAAAAUUAAAAGGGAAUUGGAAAUCUAUGAAGAAUCAGCUUUAUAUUAUCAAUCUGAUGUUGUUCAAAAGCCUCCAUUCAAUUAUUCGCAUAUUAUUGGUAUGGCUAUGCUUGAAAAUGGCAGGCGUGUUACGUUGCAACAAAUCUGUACUUGGAUUGAAAGAAAAUUUGCUUUUUUCCGUGUGCGAAAAAAGUGGAAUAAUUCAAUACGACACAAUUUGUCAUUACAUCCUUGUUUUCGUAAAAUCGGUCGCAAUAAAGAGGAUAAAGGAAAAGGUGGUUAUUGGGAGUUAGGAAUUGAUCCUAAAAAGAUCGAUCGAAAGCGCAUCCGUAACCGAAAAUCUUCAGCGCAAGGGGGUAAAGCAAAAAGCAAAAAAUUUAUUAAAACGAAAAGGAAAAGGCAACAAAUUAUGAUCAGCAAUAAAAAGACAAAUCUUAAACAUAUCCAGGAAAAUUUAAGAAAAUUUCCUGGUGAGAGUGAUUAUGAAGAAUUGCUAUUAGAUGAGAUGGAUGUACAACAAAACAUUGACGUAAUGAGCACAAAUUCAAAUAUUCACAACAAAAAUAUCCAUGAGACAAGUUGUAAGUCUUCACAAAGAAAACAAAUACAUCCAUUAAACAAAAUUGUCAGUCUAGAGGCUGAAAAAAUGUUAGCAAAUUAUAAUAAUGCUGAUGAUUCAAAAGCACCUUCAGAAAAUAUAAAUUUUACCAUCAAUAGAAAUGAACAGUUCCCAUCAAAUCAGUGCCAGCAGCAGCAGUAUAAAUUAAAUACAAUAAUCAUAAGUUCAUCUGAAUUUGAUGCAGAUAUGCCAAGCUUUCAAAAUGUAAAUCCACGCACACUUAAAUCGCUCCUAACCACUAAUCCCACAAAAUAUCAAGUAUUUACUGAAGAACAACAAAAUCGUAAAUUCAUUGGAUUUUCUGAUGUUGAUGAAGCGCAACAAAAUGAAGAUGUUAUUAUCUCCUCAUGUUUAUGCAAUUUAUCGGAUGGUCUUACAACUUGUGUUCAUGAAUCGACGUCUAAUCAGGGUCAUAAUAUUAAUAGGACCAGCCCAUCAAACACUGUUAAAUUAGAUUUGAGUGACAUUUCCGCACAAUCUGUUCAAACGAAGCCAAAUGUCAUUGUUGAGCAAGUUAUUCAACCAGUUUUAAAUUUCUCAGCAAUAGAAAUUUCAUCGCAUUGUCUGCCAACGUCUACACUAAACACCACAACUACAAGAAUGUGUAUGAUUGGAUCACAAAAUGGUAACUAUCCAAAUGGAGCUGUAAACGAAAACUUUCGUCCCUAUAUAGAUGGAAUCGAUGAAGCUUUCCAGUAUCUGCGUAGCAUUGAUAAUACAAGAAAUGAAGAUAUUUUAGAUAAUUUACUUGAUAUCACUGUUAGUGAUUAUUAACGAAGUGCUAUUAUAAUCGGAUGUGCUGAAUGGUAUUCAUUAGAGUGGCGAUGAAAUAUACAUAUUUAUAAGGAAUAUUUUAUUAAUUUUAUUGGAUAAAAUUUUAUUUUAAUUUAGUAAAUAAAGAAUAAUAAACAUUUAA